GUUUCGCUUAACUUCGCGCGAGAAUUUUCGAUGAAUCGCAAUUGUGAUCUUCGACAUCGUCAAGUGUUACGAUGACAAGCGUCCCGGUGCUCGACAGGAUUUGUCGCUGACGUAUAAAAUCUGGUGAGCGUUUUCGCGGAGCCGAACAAUAUCGAGCACGUGGCACCACCAAAUGGGAACAUGUACACGAACCAACGACCCCGACGUAACAUCCUGCUGCUGAUCAAUCGGUUCAAGCCCAGCAAUGGCGAGGUCAAACGUUCGUGCGACCCGCAGACAUGCCUCGCUCGUUUCAAGCACGACGGCAAGGACGACAAAUCUCGGAAUGUGGACAGCAUGCUGAUCAUGAACAACAGUCAGUAUUUAGACACGAUGUACGAGUCGUGGAAGAGGGAUCCGAAGACUGUGUCGGAAUCGUGGGACACGUACUUUAGAUCGCUCGAUGGCGAUCAAGCGGUUCCCAAAAAAUCCGUGUCUCUGAUACCGUCGGCCACCAUCCGCCUCGAAUCGUCUCCUACGGUGAUGGCAUCGGGACAAUCAUCGGCAGUACAGACGCCGACGGCGUCCCCGGCUGGCGAUGUAUACGAUGAUAGCAGCCUAAACGUUCUCGACGUCAAUGCCACGAUUCGAGCUUAUCAGGCACGAGGUCAUUUGAUAGCCGACACCGAUCCGUUGGGUAUACAACAUCCGGAAUCGAAGAAGCUUCAAGGCACGGCCAACUUGCCUCCCGAGAUCGUAGUGCGACAGCACUUGAAGAGAAUGACCGAAGCCGACAUGGACAAGGAGUUCGCCUUGGGACCGGUCACGGUAAUCGGCGGCAACAAACGAACUCUGCCGUUGCGCGAGAUUCUCACCACGUUGAAUAAAGUCUACUGCGGCCAUCUGGGCUUCGAGUACACAUACAUCCACGAUCUGUACAUGCUGGACUGGUUGAGAGAGAAGAUCGAGAGGCCCGGCGCCUGGGAGUUGCCCGCGGAGCACAGGCAGUUCAUUUGGUCGUACACUAUGAAAGCAGUCACGUUAGAGGGAUUCCUCAUGCGAAAAUACCCGACCGUCAAGAGAUUCGGAUUAGAGGGUUGCGAUUCUUUUAUACCAGCGAUGGCACAGAUUUUGGAGACAGCAUCUGAACACGGUAGAUUUUGGGAGACUCAUAUACAUGUAAAAAAUACUAUUGAAAUCAGAACUAAGAAAAAGAUGCUGAUCUCCGUGAUGGCGAAUCCUUCGCAUUUGGAAGCUAUCAAUCCUGUGAUAGUAGGUCGCGUGCGAGCCGAGCAAGUAGAAAAGAACGAUGCGAAACUUGGUGUAAAAUCUCAGCCUGUGUUGGUGCACGGCGACGCUGCGUUCUCCGGUCAGGGCGUCGUCUACGAGACGAUGCAUUUGACUAAUCUGCCAGAGUACACGACGGGCGGCGUCAUGCACGUCGUGAUUAAUAAUCAAAUUGGUUUCACCACCGAUCCGAGGUAUUCCCGAUCCAGCGCUCAUUGCACGGACGUUGCGCGCGUCGUAAACGCUCCUAUAUUUCAUGUACACGCCGACGACCCGGAUUUAGUAGUUUAUUGCAGUAAAGUCGCCGAAGAAUAUAGGGCGGAAUUUCACAACGACGCUGUGCUAGACAUUGUUGGAUACCGAAGAGCCGGUCAUAACGAAAUGGACGAGCCUAUGAUGACGCAACCCUUAAUGUACAAACGGAUAAGGGAGCACCCGAACGUGCUUACUAUUUACAGCGAGAAGCUGUUGAAGGAGGGAGUAAUCACCGAGGCGUUCGCCAAAGAAGUGAACAAAGAGAGAUUAAUGUCCCUGCUUUCUAGUGUUAAUACAGAAUUAAAACCUGAUGCAUUUUUGAAUAUUGAAAGAGAAUGGGACGUUCAGACGGUUUUAGAUACGAUCCUAGCCUCCGGGCAAACGAAAUGGGGUAGACAGGUAGGGUUGGCGUUAUUUUUACCACACGGUAUGGAAGGUCAAGGGUCCGAGCAUUCGUCCGCGAGGAUCGAACGAUUCCUGGAGCUCAGCGACGACGACGUGAUCCACUUGCCAGGAAAAGAACCAGGAGCGCCGGCGAAUGAGACUGUGGAUCAGAUCAUGACGCGGCAACUGUUCGAGAUAAAUUGGAUCAUUUGCAAUAUCACGACGCCGGCGAACUUUUUCCACCUGCUCCGUAGGCAGAUCAAGAUGCCCUUCCGGAAACCAUUGGUUUAUAAAAUUAAUUUUCUAUUCGCACGUGUCGAAAUACUUGCGAAAUCGAGCCGAGUAAUUAAUUCAUUUAUUUUCGAGUUUAUGUGGUUGCAAGAGGAGCACAAGAAUCAGGGCCCAUACUCAUACGUGAAGGACAGAAUAUCGUUGGCGCUGGGCGUACCUUUGGAAAAGAUCGUAUACGGUGGGAGAGCACCCUCGUCUUCAUCAGCGACCGGAAGCACCAUUAUUCACCAACAAGAGUACAACGAUAUGAUGGCGAUGGCUAUGAAACUCGACUGAAAGCUAAUCUAACGUCAACCAGUAGAUAGAAGAUCUAAAAAUAGGGAGUACAUGGAAAUAUAGAUAAUAGCUGUUGAGAUGAGUAAUCGGAGCGGACGCGUAACGAAAUCCUUCUUGGCCUUCGUAAUUCCAAUCCGCACUGGAAACUGCUGGUCAGCACUCACCAGGAGGCACAGAUAGCGACAGCGCGUCUGUUUAUGACGCGAGUAAAUCCUUCGAUGAUUAUUCCACAUCGUUAUUUUAAACGUCGCGACAAGCACUGUCGCGGCGAGUCGCGGAUGAUACGUGCAAAGUGCAAAGUAUAACUAAGCCCGCGAAAUCACUGGAAGAUGCUAAUCAUUUACGCAUGCACGUCAGAGAUCAUUUGUAUCGGUGUUUGUUUAAGAGGAAAAUUGUACUGUAUUUUAUAAUUCGAUCUUUUAUUUUUCUAAGCUGUAUUUUGUAAACCUUGUAACGAAUAUACCGAAUUUGUUCGCAAA